CCUGUGUUGUGCCCCUGUGUACAUAUGUUUGAGGUUCUGGGUGGGAGGUGGGGGAGGGAGAGGGAGAGAAGGAGAGAAGGAGAGGGACGUGUUCCAUUAAGAUUCCUCCCAACAGGGUCCAACUCAUUGAGCUCCAAGAUGCAAGGGGUAAUGGUGGGCAUUCUGCUCCUGAUGGCGGCUCUGCCUGUCCUGGAAGCUAAUGACCUAUUUGAUAAGGACAGCCCUUUCUAUUAUGACUGGCACAGCCUACGUGUCGGGGGCAUGGUUUGCGCUGGCAUCCUAUGCGCUGCCGGUAUCAUCGUUAUCAUGAGUGGCAAAUGCAAAUGCAAAUUCGGCCAGAAACACAAGCCCGGCAGUAACUGCUGAGUUCCCCCAGUCUCCCCGACCCAGCAGAUCUCUUUUUUGUUCCUUUUCCCCUGACCUCGCCUGUACUUCACCUACGUUUUUGUACUUCUGACAACCACUGACCCGGCAUCUCUGGGGACCCUGGUCCCAGGUGGACAUUUUUUUACAUGUAUUUUUGAAUUAACCCAUUUUAAACUCUUCAAGAUGUCUAGUGAGAGGGAGAAGAGCCCUUUUUGUUCAGGUUCACAUAAACUCCUCUCUUAAAUUUCUUUGUUGGGAAGA